UUUAGAGCAAUACUUUAAAUGUUUUCAUCCGCUCCAAUUCUAAAUUCGCGACAUAUUGUUCCACACGUUUAGUCAAAAUGAAGCUUUCCGUAAUUUUCGCACUUAUUGGGCUUUCUCAGACUUUAAACAACCUGAAAUGGGACGCAGACUGCUCCAACCUCGACCCAGCUGCUGCCAAGCAUGUUGAAGAUAAGAUAGCCGGCAGCAAGGUAUACCUCAUCGGCCUCACUUAUUGUGGAUGGUGUACAAGAGCCAAAAGUGUCAUCCAGAAAAUGGGAUUUGACGAGAGUGAUAUUGAGGUGGAUGAACUGGACACUAUGGAUAACAAGAUGGAAGUUAUAAACUACGCUUACUGCAAAUACAGCCAGAUGAAAACUGUUCCUCAAAUCUUCAUCAACAAGAAGUUUGUGGGAGGCUACACUGAGGCCAGACACUAUUACUAUACUGGACAGGGGGUCAGGGCUGCCUACAAAACUGGAGCCAUCCGAGGAUACUACCUUUACCUGCAACAGAUCAAACAAGCAGCUAUAGACUUUGUAGACGAGGGAACUGCAAGAUCAAAGGGAAAGAAAUACUUUGUUCUCUCCAAGACAAGAUGCCCUCACUGUUUCAAUGCUAAAAACUGCCUCAAAGAAGUCGGAGUUACAGAAGAAGAUAUUGAGCUGUUCGAGAUAAACGACUUUUACACUCACGACGAGAUCAAGAAGUACAAGGGGAGAAUAGCCGAGACUACCUACACUCCCUACCUCGCAUUUGACGGCAAGACUUUGUACAAUCACGAAGAGCUUGUAAAGGCAUCUGGCUGCUCCCCCCUUCACUACGGCACUGACUGAAGAAAACAGCUUGUCAAUGUAGAUUUUAAUUUUAAUU